GACAAAUUCACUGAUACAAAAUUAUGAUCUCUGAUGUAAUGAUCUCGAAAAUGUGCAAACAAAAGUUUUUACUUCACAAAUUGCAAUAUAAAUAAAUUCUAUUAUUUAUUUUAGACGUAUAAUAAUUCUGAUUCGAAAAAAGUACAAAGUAUACAAUAUUUGAUAAAACUAAACAUUGCGUAAACUGAAUACUGAUUUAAAUAAAUGAUAGAAAUAUUUCCUUUAAUAGCUUUUUUACAACUACGGUGUAUAUAGGAACAUAACAUAUUUGUUUUAUGGAAAACUUCGGAUUAUUUUAUAUACAAUACAAUUAAUUGAAUUAUAAUAAUGAUAUGGAACAACUUCAACGUGAUUAUUUUGUAUGCUUUAAAACUAUACUAUAACUCGAAAAGUAUAUAUCAAUGAAUAGAAUUCGCUUAGUAUCUGCUCAUGUUGUUAUAUUCUUGUUUUUCAUGGCAUAUAAAGAAGCGGCUCUGGAAAUUAAUGAAGCAUCAAAUAUAAUUCCUAAACUUGCAGAAAGUAAUAUCAAUAACACAUUGAGGGUGAAUUUGAAAAGACUUCGGCGCAAAAGUUCUAAUAUAGAGCACAACGACGACAGCAAUCGUGAAGAGGACAUUCGACCUUAUGAAAUAAAACGAGCAGGGAGAAAUGAUAGAGAACCGAAAAUAUGGGAUCAAUGGGGCAACUGGUCCACAUGCAGUGUCACUUGUGGAAUAGGGAAGAUUAUGCGAUGGAGACACUGCAUAGGUGGAAGUUGUUCCUUGGGAGAAAAGAAAGCUCAGUUAAAAACCUGUACUUCUGCAGCAUGUUAGGAUAUUUUGCAUCGACUGUGU